GAGGAACCGUGCUGGUCUCUUGUGAGGAGUCCAGUCCGGCCAACAUCAUGCAGAGGUCAGAUCCACACAGAACAUCAUGGAGAAGCAAACGCAACCCAUUCAGUGACAAAACAUGAGAAGUGUUCUCCUAACGCUGAUGGUGUCACUCACUCAAGUCCAGUUUCCCGUGUCCUGUCCAGCCUCCUGUAUUGUGUGCUCUGAAGAUGCCAUCAUCUGCAAUAAGCUCUCCAGCACCAUAGAGGCUCCAGAUUCAACCAAGGCCUUGAUGCUCAUUGACGGCCUCAUAGACACCGUGGGCAGCAUUGUGUUCUCUGACUCAUCCAACAUGAGCGUCUUGGCGCUCAGCAACAAUGUCAUUUCUACUAUCAUGGACAAUGCUUUCCAAAACCUGACUGUCCUCAGAACCCUAAUACUGGACCACAACCGCCUCUCAAACCAGGCCUUGGACACGUUGACCUUCUCCUGGCUCCGUAAACUGGAAACCCUCCAUUUGGGGAAUAAUGCUCUAAAGGAUAUUGAUGGUUCCUGGUUUCAAAGCACCAAGGCUUUGAAAACUCUCCUACUGGAGGGGAACCUUCUGACCAGCUUGAAUUCAAGCACUUUUGCUUCUUCAGACCUGAGGAACUUGGAGAUUUUGGAUUUGUCAGACAACCUUAUCGCAUACCUGGGCCGGAACAGCUUCCGCAACCUUCCACGGCUUCGCAGUCUGGAUCUAUCUCGCAACAGACUGCAGAACGCACCCGAUGCUUUCUCCUAUCUGUCGUGGCUAUCAAUGCUAAACCUGGACCUUAAUCGUUGGAACUGCACUUGCGAGCUGAGAGAGCUUGCUUCAUUUCUCAACAGCUACGUUCAGUCUCCAGAUAAAGUGCUGUACAAUGGGCAGAGGAUGGCAUGUGUUAGUUCAGACAACCCAGCAGUACAGACAGUGCUGGAGCUAACCGAGGCCAACUGCGUACCGGCUAACAGCAACAUUACAGUGACCGUCACUGCUAAGAGUUCGAUCACACCUCAGCGCUACGUCCGAGAUGUUGCGAUCACUGCUAUCUGUUUCUUUCUUGGUGGUGUGGGGAUUACUCUUGGACUACUCGCUCUUGUAUACAGGAAACUGGGUAAGAACUUUAAACUGCAGGAGAAAAAUGAAGCUGAGGAACAGUCCAGCCAGGCUUCUGCGCAGUGGGACUUCUCUGAAGACAAGGAGGCUCUCUCCAUGGCUUAUUCACUCCAUAACAGCAACCACAGAGGCCCACAGCCCUGGAACAAAGAGAACACUUCAUUUGAUGUCAAGUCAGUGGACAACCAUUUCAUCUGCCCCAACUGCAGCUCAACGACUCUCGGAACAGGUUACCAGGAGGGUGGACAGAGGAGAGAGACUUUACUGCAGAGAGACAAUCACAGGGGACUUCAACAUAAGAGAGAGGAUGGCUGGUCAACCCCUGUGGAGAGUGACCAGUGGAACGAGACGGAAGGCCACUCAGUUCUGCAGUCAAGAAUUAAAGAUAUUAGAGCACAAAGACAGGGUGAAAAAAGAAAUGGAGGCGUGAACCUAUUCCAUCUUCGCAGUCCAGAAACUGUUCCUCAUGGAGUUUCCAAAGACACGUCAACCAUAAGGAUGGAACAGUUAGCACUAAGAAGGCACAUAUCAGUUGCCCAAAGACAAACAUUUACACCUAAAGAAAAAUUACACCCAAAAAUGUAUGGGAAUCCUAUAAAUAAUCACUUAAUGAAGCAUCAACAUGAGGAAUAUGGCACUUUACCUGUUUACCAAACCAUUAACUGCUUACACUGUCAUCAAACGUACGAAUACAGGCAAACUGGGAAUGAAAACCAGGACAGUUUGUUUAGAAAUCACACAGACACUGCACUGCCCAGUGAUGGGAAGGUAUCUGAGUCUACUGUGUGCAGAGACAGUUUACAUUAUAACCAGACGAGUGAAGAAGGUCCAGCUAAAGAACAGAGAAGUGUAACCUUUGAUUUGUCAGGGUCGCUGGAGCAAGGCUUUAUUUUAUCUAGUAAAGAGCAUGAGGGCCCAUAUAGAAUCAGCAAGACAAAAACAUCUCAACCACGAGAAAACAGCCCAAAAUCUGGCAAAAUAAGCAGCAGGAGGACAAAAGGUUUAAAAAGCCGCAACCCAGGAUCUCAACUGAGUAGGAAACUAAAGGUCAAGCUAAAUCUGAACCCUCUUAAAAGAAACCGGGUUCAUUCCACAUCUAGUCACAGCCACGAGGACGAUGAAGCAGAUGGGACGUCCAUAAAGGCCAAAAAAGGCAAAAAUCAAAAGAGAAAGGAUGAUGCAAAAGAGAAAUCUAAGACAGACAAAGCUAGGAAGAAGCCUCCGUGGUCUGGAAGUAAGGCUGUGAAGAAGUCCAAGCGCUCCGACAGCGAGGAGCAGGACGAGGCGCCAACAGUGGAACAAGACAGCGAAAAAACACCAUCUAAAAGAACAGCGUCAAAGAAAAAUGACCAGGAAUCCAGUAGGAACAACAAGGAGGACGUUUUGAAUGAUCAGAGUGACACCAACUACCCAGCUGAUGGAGAAAUCCAGUGCAACAACAGUUUAAUGAGUGCUAACACUGCUACUGCUAGCAGUUCUGAAUCUCAAAUCUUGCAAAACUCUGCCGUCCCAUUGACACACAGCUUAGAUCUUUCAGCAGCAACAGUACAGCCACUCAGCAUGGUGAAAACCACAGACCCCCAGCAAGCCACAAAUCCAGACUUGAACCUGCCAGUUAGCCCAUUGGAAAACAUCGGUGGUCCACAGGAAGAGCCAACUGGUUCACAAGAAGUGGGGGAAAACUCCACAACCCCAGUGCCCACAGCACCCACUGUUGUCCAGGAGUAUCUGUCCUCGGGUGACGGCUCACCGAAGAGGAGGAUUAGGCUGAUAAUACCUGAGAAAACCUCCAACAGGCCGCAGACUGCACUGGAGAGGAAAAUCAGAUAGCAUACCUGCUCACUACUGCCAUGCAGACG